AUGAGCAUCCCCCCCAGUUCCUCCGCCUUGGAGGAUAAUGCUUUUUUCCCCCCUCGCCAGGCCUAUCCACCCAGCUCCUUCACCAAGAGCCAGCCCACGGUGCUGAUCGUGUGCGGGCCGGGUAAUAACGGAGGCGACGGCUUGGUCUGCGCCCGGCACCUGAAAAUGUUUGGCUACGAGCCGACCGUGUAUUACCCCAAGCGCCCCAAUAAACCUCUGUUUGAAGGCUUGAACACCCCAGCUGAGGCGAUGCUGUUUUACACCCUGCUCGCUCCCCCGUUGCAGGCGACGCUCAUCGAUGAGCUCUACGGCCUGGUGGUGGAUGCGAUUUUUGGGUUCAGUUUCAAGGGAGCCGUGCGGGAGCCCUUCGGCAGCAUCCUCGGCACCCUCAAGCGCAUCACCGUCCCCAUCGCCAGCAUCGACAUCCCAUCGGGCUGGGACGUGGAGAAGGGGAACGCGGACGGCCUCCAGCCCGACAUGCUCAUCUCGCUCACGGCGCCCAAGAAGGCAGCGGCGCAUUUCACCGGCCGCUACCACUUCCUCGGGGGCAGGUUUGUGCCUGCAGCGCUCCAGGAAAAAUACGCUCUGAACCUGCCGCCAUACCCUGAGACAGACUGCGUCCUGCAGUUAACCUAGGGGCCAGGCCUAGGCAGCGAGGAAGGCAUCAGGGUGCUGAGCAAGAGGAGCACGAUCAGAGGCCUGGCUGGGCUUGGACACAGUGGGGUCCAGGGCCUAAUUCUGCCAAAGCUUCAGCUCCCUGCUAGGAGGAUGCUCAGCACCUCGCCAGGUCUCUAGACAAGUCCUACCCAGCAGGACUCAACUUAGUUGCUUUGAUCCAAAGUCCUCAACAGUCAGAAGACGACAGCGCUGAUUAAGGUUUCCUGCUAGGCAGGUUGUCAGUUGGGGUUACUCUCUAAUUUCUGAGUGCUUGUAGGUAUAGACACAAUCCAGGGUCCUCAGGCUGUGCCUGUGCACUGCCUGUGGAGUUGGGUCUGUUGCAUAGCUCACACCUCAGCAUUGUUUCUCUGCAAUAAAAAUUUAUUGAUGCUCUUCAAAAACA